AUGGCUGCAGAUUUCCUUGGUCUCAGGGUGAUAUGGCCUCCGGAUGGCGCACUACCGCCAAAGCACAAAUACGAUAUUGUCUUUGUUCAUGGCCUCCAUGGAGGGCCAAUCUCUGACUGGCAGAAUGAAGACGGGGUAUGCUGGCCAUUGGCACAGUUACCUUUGGACUUGGGAAACGCACGCAUUUUGGCGUUUGGCUAUGACCCGAACCGGCUCUCAAUCCGCUCCGACGACUUUUACCAAGGCGGUAUUGUUUUCGAACCCGGUCAAACGCUGCGCAUGGCCUUGAUGCGCAACCGAAUGUCAAAGAAGAUACAAGUUCCCCUCGUUCUGAUCGGACACGAUGUGGGAGGUCUUGUAAUCAAAAAUGCUCUUUGCUCUUCGCAUGUCGACAAGGAUGCCGUUGUGCUGAAAAAGACUAAACACGUCAUUUUUCUUGAAACGCCACAUUCCGACCUGAGUUGGGACACUUGGAGACAGAUUUCCAUGGCUUCUUCCAGCCAAGACAGUAUUGGAAGGUGGAAAAUCUGGUCUGCUGUCGUUGAAAGCACACAAAAAGCUUUUCUUGAAAUUGCCUCUCGUUUCAACAUAACGACGGGACUUGUUGGUGUCAACAAUGACACGGCCGACGUUGUAACCAAUAUUGAGUCUGAGGCUUUCAACUUUGCUUCUUUGAAUCAUGUCAACCGGGCCUUCUUCCCUGGAGCAGACCACAGAAGCAUAUCUAAGCUUUGCCGGGGAACAGCCAACUACGAUCAAUUGCUCCGCUGUAUCCAAGAGGGCAUGGAAUGCACUACCCAGCUACCGGAGGACAUUCAAAGAGUACGGGACUGGCUUGGACGGCGCCCUGAUACUCUUAACAAAAUUGACUAUCAAAAGCAGCUCGACCAGUACCACACAGGCACUGGAAAAUGGCUCCUGGAACUCGAACUUUUCCGCAAAUGGGUCACAUUGGAGUCACCAAGCCCCAUCCUUUGGGUCACCGGUCCCGAGGGCUGUGGAAAAUCCGUUCUCUGCGCUACUACUUCUCAGUGGGUGCAACGGACCUCUCAAAAGCCUGCCGUCGUGUAUCUCAUGCUAAAAUUUGAUCACCCCCGGUCCGAAUACCAGCUCCUGGUCCAAAUUGCCUUACAAUUGCUCGACUACCUUGUUGAGCGCGGACAUGGCGUCGACACAGAGGUAUUGUCGGGACUGAAUGGGCAUCCCGAUGGACAUGAAAAGAUGCUAAAAGUACAGGACUUGAUCAAAUGUCUCAUCCGUCAAUGCCAUAUUGCAUUUGUCUUCAUUGAUGGUCUGGACGAAGUCAGUCUGGAAUUGCAGGGAUCAUCACAAGGAAAAGCCACCGACAUCGACUUGCCAAAGCAACAACUUCAUUCAACUUUGACUUUUCUUGUUGGACUAACAAAAGAAGGUGGAGAAAUGCCACUUCGCAUAUGGUGUAGCUCAAAUAGAUCAGGCGAGAUGGGGAAAUGGAUCGACGAAUGUGGCGCGCUUGAGCUACCCUUGGAUGCGCAAUCGCUGGCAGGUGAUGUUGCUUCAUAUGCUCAUCACAGGUUAACCGGUUCUCUGGAAGGGGAAAUGCCAAAAGUCGUCGGAUCUGAAAUACUGGAGACUACCAGUGACAACUUUCUGUUGGCAGCCACUGCUUUGGACAGAUUGCAAAUGUCAAUGCUGUCAGACACGUCUUCGGCGGAAACAAAACAGCUGAAAAUGCCCUCUGACAUCCGCGAGGCGUAUGCAGAGAGCUUGGAUCUUUUGCUCAAUGGUGAAGAGGAUUCUAGUAUUCCAGCAAUGAAAAUCCUUUCGCUGGUUCUAUUUGCGCAGAGACCACUGAAAUUGACCGAAAUCAGAGAAGCCCUGGCCAUAUCUCACAAGCCCUUCAAAGAUUAUGCUCCAAUUGGGUUCCACUUCGACGGCAAUGAGAUUCAAAAGCUCUGCGGCCCAUUCAUUCACUUCUUGCCGAUUGGAGAAGCAUCAGAAGAUGGCUACUUGAGAUUGUCGCAUGCAUCAGUUUUCUGGUUUCUUCGUGGUCAGCUCGAAGUUGAAAAACAGCGCCUUCAACUUCGACCCAAGGUAAUUGCAGAUGCAUGCCUGAAGUACCUAUCACAGCGCCGAUACGCCAAACCCAUGGACUCACUCAAAACAGCGUCUCUACAGAGCCACUCGUUUCUGGCCUAUGCCGCAAGGUAUUGGCAUAAACACCUGAAUGAGUCUGGGGCGGAAUUGCUUGCGAAAGUGGGCUCUUUUCUACGCUCGCCGCAGUUCUUGUCAAUGAUACGGUUCCAAAGUCUCCAUCUGAAUGGCUCUUUCCGGCCGAACGGAAAAUCAGAGAAAGAAGACGAGAAGAUGGUGGCUAGGAGAUCGAGACUUCACACAAAUCCUUCUGGAGAAGAACAACUUGAUAAUCUCAUCGGUGACUACCAAGCUUUUCUCGAAGAAUGGACCAAUUUCCUUCAUUCGGGCAUUUUAAGGCCACCACGUAGUGGCGAUAUUGAUGAUUGUUUUUGGGGCGCUCUGGGCCACAACAACUUUCUCCACACUCACGGAACGAGAAUAGAGAGAAAUAAGAGUUUCUUGUUGGAAUUCGAUCUUGGUAUCGCUGCUCAGGAUCAAGCUUCCGGGUCAUAUGACUUCCAAGAAACAAUUAGCGAUGACGGCGGGCGCAUCGCAGUCUUGAGAGUCCCAAUCCAAAGCCAAGCCAAAGUCGUGCGUGAGUCAUGGUUGGUCGAUGGCAAGAGACCUCCGUCUCGUUACGGUCAGCAAGAAGUUCUCUUGUUUGACCCAGAACAAGUCCUUUGGAGCAGUUAUGGUGCCUCACCUGAGACUAAGCUCUCGCUGGUUCCCAUCGUCGAUCCCUCACAGAGGGUAUCUGCAAUGCACGAAACACAGUACGGCUCGGCGGUUCGUAUCGGUUGCAAUUUAUUCCUUCGGGGAAAUAGAGGCAACUGGGCCGCACUCGACAAGAAGGAUGAACAGGAGAAAACUUACUGGGAUGAUAUUGUAAUGAACGACUCUUGGAUUUUUCAAUCUCGCCGAAGGUAUGUUGGCUUGAAACAACCGACAUUCACUUCAGCAGCGUAUCAGACCAAAAGUCUGGACUCGGAUUCUGACUCAAUCUCGGACGUACACACUGAAGAUGAAGACUCACAACCAGAAUAUUCAUCCGUCGGGCCAGACCAAGUGUCAUCUGCCGAAGAGUUUCACCUUGACACGGCCUCGGAAAUUGACUCAUCUGAUGAAGCUUCACAAGACAGUGCUUUGGCAUCAGGCGCGGACACGGCUGAUCAGAGCGAUUUCGAAUCCUCCAGUGAACUUUCAUCGUCUUCCGGGUCUUCAGAAAGUCAAUCUUCGAGUAGCGGAUCUUCUUCAGAUUCAGAUAGUGUCUCCCGAAGCCCAAACAAGCACAUCAGGAAGCAUCGACGUCGUGCCCCCAGGAAAGCCUCAAGCUCUCGAUCCAAACGCGUGUCAUCGCCGUCGAUUGUGGAGCGUCAGAAUAUCAAUGACAUGCAUACUCCGGAUGAUUCAGACGCCGAUGACGAAGAAUCUGGCUCCGAAAGUGAUGAUGAAACCAACUCUCAGCCACACGCGGGUCCAAAAGCGCUAAAGCACCUUUUUUCAUACGGUCGAUAUUGUGACCUUUGCAAAAUACCCGUGGUCCACGACACUGACCUGGAGACAAACUCAAAGUGUAGCAUAUACUACCAGUGUUUCCCAUGUGGUAAAGAUGAGUGGGACGCUUUCGAUUUAUGCUCUGCAUGUUUUGCCAAAGGGUCUUGGUGCAAGAACCAAAAUCAUGUGCUGUCCAGAGCCACCUUUACGCAUCGCGAUCGGCGUGUCCGUUGGGAGGAUGGCAUCACACAGGACACAUCAAUGCCCGUGGUGGACAUUCUCGUUGAGCCGAGGCACAGCGACAUUGCCAAUCCAUUCCGAUACACACAUCGACAUUCUUCCUCGCUGCACGACUCCUCUGCCAUUCUUCAUCCCACACUCCCACUCUUCAUAUAUCCUCUCGACGGACGCGAGUUCCUCUUUGGAGAUCUCCAGAAGAAGACGUAUUUCAAAUUCCAUGUACCCUUUGAAUCCUGCGAAACAUCAGAGACGGCAGGCAAUACCUGCAUCCCAAUUGGAGUCAGCAUGCGUUUCUCUUCUUGUGGAAGAUUUGUCCACGUCGCACGAUUCACAGGUAGGUCAACCCUGUUUGCGCCACUCAGACUCUUCGUCUUGUUUGCCACAAUGGCAUUGUCUCCGAAAGACACGUGCUCAAGAAAGCCGCGAAUACUCGACCGUCGUCAUGGUGUUGACCUGGGGACAUGGCCCAAGGUUGUGACGCAUUUGCCCUACGUCAUUACCUGGACAGAGAAACAUGCUCAUGUGUCUCUGACUGGAGACCGGCUUCGGGUCUUGCGUUUUCCACUUCACGCCCCGAGUGGCGACACUUCUGAUGAUGUCGGCACAAGUGAUACCGAGGUAUCUGUGCUUUCACACCAGGUAGCUUUGCCUUGUUCGGCACAGUCAAGAUCCGUAUAUUUCUUUCCUGCGCGCGCUAAUAGCCCUGCCGUCAUCAUUUUGGGAUCUCUGCAUGGGAGGCAAUCACAGCCACCUGUAGUGGUCUACCUCGACCCGGAUGCCCUUGGUACUUGGAAAUCCCUGAGAAAGGACGAGUUCAAACACAAUCUGACGAGUCGAGAAAUCCAUGAAGCCCAUGUCGACGAACCCGACUUCCAUGAUGACUGCGAGAAAACGAUUGAUACAACAGUCAAAUACGAUUAUUACACCUUGCAGCCAAAUCAAGCAAAGCAUUUCCAAGAUUGGUUAAAAAAUGCUUUUGUGGAAAGAAGCAUAUUCUGUCCUUCAUGCUUUGAUCUUGCAAAAAAGCUGACCUUCCUUGGCCUUCCUUCGUGGUUGCGCCGCUUCGACGUCGACGCCGCUAUGCCUGAUGAAAUGAAGACGCAAAUAAUAUGGGAGGUAACCCUCCUCGACUUGGUUGCAGCUAUUGAGGCGGGCUGUCAGUUCUGUUGUUAUGUUGCAAUUCGCCUCUUUGGUUCUCUUCGCGCCAGGUCGAUCGGCCAGCUCCUGGGUGAAUCUACUCCCCGGUGUUGCGCGCUGGGAUCUUCCACAGACGACGGGGCCGACGAGUUGCAAAAUAUCAUUGUCAGACUUCGCAGCGCAGCUCGGGCCGUCGGAACAGAGGAGCAAGUCAUGGGCCUUAUCUGCAGACCACUUGACCAAGAUCCUGACACUCGAUCAUUCAGCAAGGUUUCUCUGAGUCUUGGGGAUGGCGGCGAGAAAUCUGAAUUAUCAUUCCUGCCCAAUGUUUCAUUCACUGGAACCACUGAAGAUGGAGACAAGAGAUCGCUCAUGUGGUUUGUCAACCCACCGGAUUCCUUCCGGCGAACAACGGCAGAAUGCGUUUUGGAACUCUACUCGUUGCCUGACAAUAUUCUUCAACAGUGGAUACCCGCCCAUCCUCUCACGACAUUCCCUGGCGGAGGCGAAAACUUAAGGCUUGUCAAGAGCUGGAUACACACAUGUGACUCGAGCCAUUCUUUUUGCCAACGCGAGCUAGAGAUACAGGCAGAAUUGCCAACGCGAGUCAUCCAAAUCAAUGACGACAGAACCAUUCAAUUGGUUGAAACAAACGGGCAGCCAGGCCGAUAUGUUGCGCUGAGUUACUGCUGGGGUCCAGAUCCAAGUAACCAUAGCCCUACUAUCACUGCCAACUUCCGGGCUCGGUGUCAGCCAGGCGGGCUGCUGCUGAAUGAGUUGCCAUCGGCCAUCAAGGACGCCAUUUCCGUCACUGAGGAAAUUGGCAUCAGGUUCAUAUGGGUUGACGCAUUGUGCAUCGUUCAGGAUGACUUGCAGGACAAGGAAAAAGAACUUGGAGUGAUGAACCAGUACUACAAACGCGCAUACCUGACCAUUGCAGCCAGUACACCUGAUUGCAACAGUGGCUUCCUACGGCAGAUGGGACGUUGUGAAACUCACACUGAUUUUCCCCUCCCAAGGGAUCUAGUGCCGUUGGACGUGUUUUGUCUCGAACGGGAUAGAGAUUCGGGUGGCUCGGCCAAGGUCUACGUCAGGGAGGAGAAUCCCUAUCAGCUGGCCCUGGAGCCAAUCAAUGAGCGAGCUUGGACUCUUCAGGAAAGUUUACUCUCAAGUCGGGUCCUUUUCUUUGGCCACCGGGUGAUCUGGUUCUGCCGGCAUGGAACCCACAGCGACGGCGGGAGUGAGGACUGGUCCUUUGAUGAGAACAACCUGGAAAGUACCCGGCGAGAGUUUCAAAUGAGACUAGCCACCCGAAGACAAGAGGAGAACAAUCGCAGCCAUACACCAAACUCCGAUGAUGAUCGGGACAUGUACGAUAUAUGGCAUCGUAUCGUGGGCAACUACUCACGGCGAGCCAUGUCGCGUCCAGAGGACAAGCUUCCGGCGCUCUCUGGCUUGGCAUCCGAGUUCGCAGCCAUGUGCAAAGAUGAGUAUAUAGCUGGGCUAUGGCGAUCAAACCUUUUGCGGGAUCUAUUAUGGUCAACUAGGGACUCUGCGAUGCAUUACCCUGAUGUAUGGAGAGCUCCGACGUGGUCGUGGGCUUCUGUCGAUGAUACAGUCUUGUAUGACCAGCUACCGCCACACGAUGCCGCAUCUUUGGCCACUAUAGAAGAGGUCCAUGUCAGACCAAAGAGUUCUCUCGUUCAAUUUGGAGAGGUCCAGGAGGGUAGGCUUGUCAUGACUUUGCCGUGCCUUGCAUAUAGUUUGUCAGACGAAGACAAAAGAGCGGAAGCCUUCAAGGUGUGGACCAGUGGGUAUGGAUCGAAAAGUCUCCUCCUCAGCGAGAGGGACUGGGUGCUUGAAGGCCUACGAAACAGUGCCCGUACAGGAGUUGUGCCUCGGCAGUCAGACGAUGAGAAGAAACACCAGCAACUACCCGACACAAUUGUCGUGGCUCUCGUAUACCGAAAGCGUGAUGAAUUGGUUCAGAGCAAUGAAGGUCUCACGGCAACUCAUGGGGGCACAGCUCCGGAGAAAUGGACGGCCUGGGGUUUAGUAUUGAAGCCCGUUGAAGGAACGUCCAUGCGCGUCUUCGAGCGACUCUUUGCUUUCUCCAAAUCCCUAACAUUUGAGUCGCCGGAUAGCAUUUUCAAGGACAGCAUCAAGACAAUUGAAAUCAUCUAG